AUGCAAAGUCCUCCUCCAACUGCAAGCACACCUAGAAUAGUCCCAACUCCACCAUGCGCCCCCCCAUCACACCCACGCACAGCGACCACAGUUUUCAGUCUGGUGUGUUGCCAAGCCCACUGUACCUCCUACGCACUUCAGGUGGCACUUGAUUAUGCCUGCGGUUCAGGUGCUGAUUGUGAGCCCAUAAAACGCAAUGGAUUGUGCUAUCUGCCUGACACAGUGAUCGCUCAUGCUUCCUAUGCUUUUAACAGUUACUGGCAGAAGACUAAGCUGGCUGGUGGAACUUGUGAUUUUGGAGGGACAGCCAUGCUUGUCAGCGUUGAUCCCAGUUACGAUGAGUGCCAGUUCAUCUACUCCUGAGGAAUGGAAGGACCUUAGGAUUUGGAAGUGGAUGGAUAACCUGAAUACCUGUCUCUUGUAUAAAUUUGAGCCCGGAAAAAAGGGAAAAUGAAUGAAUUGAUGGUGUCUUAUUCUGUGUAAUUUGAUUUUUUGUUUCUAUUAUGAAUUUAGUAGAACUACGUCAAAUCAUAGUAAGUGAUGACAAUGGAAUGUUCUCUUCUUUGUGGUCUCAGACUUCGAAGUAGCAUACGAAAUUAGAAUGAAGUUUGCUCAAUUAUCUUAUUUAAAA